UCAAGUUGCAGCCUUGUAAGUUAACGCCGCGGAAGGGAAAGGUGGGAGGGGCCGCUCCGGAACGCAGCCUUCUUGCAAGAACCUCCAAGGAAGCAGAAAAAAAAGAAAAGAAAAAAAACAAGAAGAAAAAAGGGAGGCGCCACACUGCGCUUCCCCAGCAGCUUCAGAAAGCUUCCACUAGAAAAAGAAUUCGUCUUUGUAGAAAAGCUCCUCUUUAGCUGCAAGAACCGAACGGCCUAGGGAUCGGCUUGAGGGGCAAAAUCGCAGAGUAGGGGCGAGCGCACUGGGCCCUACGGAUCCCCCACAAAUUGCAGAUACUGCAGAGACUCAGCGGCUUCUGACCAUCGCCCGGGACGCGGAAGGAGCUGACGCAGGGUCGAAAGGCUGCCCCUUGAUUCUGUCUCCUCAUCUUCCGAUGUCCAGAGGCCCAGACUCCGCGAUCCUGCCCGCCGCCCUGGGGUCCCGGAGGCCGGCCCCCCGGAGCGUCAGCUGUCUGUCGGACCUGGAAAGGAGCUCCGGCGUGGAGCUACGGCCCUGUAGGCCCCCAGGGAGCCCCGGCUGCGCACCGCCGCCCUUGCGGGCACCGUCGGGCUGCGACCCCCACCUGCGGCCCAUCAUCCUGCGGCGUGCGCGCUCGCUCCCCAGCUCGCCGGAGCGCCACCAGAAGUCCGCGAGCGCGCCGGGCGCGCCUUGUCGGCCGGGCUGCAGCCGGCAGCACCGCGUGCGCUUCGCAGACGCACUGGGCCUGGAGCUGGCACAGGUCAAGGUGUUCAACGCGGGAGACGACCCAUCAGUGCCGCUGCACGUGCUAUCGCGGCUCGCCAUCAACUCGGACCUGUGCUGCAGCAGCCAGGACCUGGAAUUCACUCUGCAGUGCCUGGUGCCCGAUUUCCCGCCGCCCAUCGAGGCCGCGGACUUUGAGGAGCGCCUGCAGAGUCAGCUUGUGUGCCUAGAGCGUGUCACUUGCUCAGACCUGGGCGUCAGUGGUACCGUGCGCGUGCGCAACGUGGCCUUCGAGAAGCAGGUGGCAGUGCGCUACACCUUUUCCAGCUGGCGCAACGCGCACGAAGCGAUAGCGCGAUGGCGCGGGUCAGCAGGUGCCGACGGCUCAGAGGACGUCUUCGCCUUUGGCUUCCCGGUGCCUCCCUUCUUGCUGGAGCUCGGCUCGCGCGUACACUUUGCGCUGCGCUACCGAGUGGCUGGUGCUGAGUACUGGGACAACAACAACAGCCGCGACUAUAGCCUCACGUGUCGCAGCCAUGCACUGCACAUGCCACGCGGAGAGUGUGAAGAGAGCUGGAUCCACUUCAUUUGAGCUGCGCGGGGUCCGAGAACCUGGAGCUUCUGCACACAAGGUGCACCCGCUGUCAUUCUGUGUGGGGCUAACACAUCUACUGGGUUGUUGUAACCCCACGCCCCAUCCCACCCCCCCAAGUCGUCUGACUUCAUUUCCUGCUGCUAGGUCCCCUGGAAGUGGCCCAUCUUGUCUUAUACUUGAAACGUCAGAAGGCCAAGUUGAGUUGUGUCACGUGCUGUGGGGGUGGGUAGGCGGGCAGGUGCAUGGGAGUCUUGGCCUCUCUGGGAAGGGCCCAGAGAGGGAUUUUUUUUUUUUUAAGGCCCGAGUCUGCUAGAAAGGCCUUUUGCAUGUGUCCUGAAUGUGUGUAUCUAAAUGUAGCUGUUAUUUAUUAUUGUGAUACUGGGACCUUUAGCCCAUAGUGGAUGCUGCCUCAGGAACAUUCUAGACUUACAAGCUUACAAAAAGGUCAGUUCUGCUGUGUUUGUGCCCCUCGUAAACAGAAUGUUAAGUAGGACCUCCAUCGUGGUCCCUCCUGGCAUUCCUGUCCCAGGACAAGGAAAACUUGAGAACUUGUUUGCUGGUCAAUGUCUGUAGCCUUCUAACAGGGGGAAACUAUUAAUAGGCAAGAAAUUUAUGUCUCAUCAGUCAUCACACAACCAUUCCUGGGCAUUGAGGCUGCCCUGGUUAGGCUGUGUGUCUCCUACACCAACAGCUGAGAAGGAGAAAAAACUUCAAACUUUUAAACUGCGAACAGCUCUUUCCCUGAGUCACUCCUCUGAUUUCAUGUAUUUCUCCUGUACAUGUUUGAUAAUUACACAUUAUUAGGCCAUUCUGUUUAGGUUUGAAACUACCUAAACAUUUAAAGAAAUCCUGCCUUAAAUUAUUUCAAUUUUCAGGUGACUAUAGAAUUUCAGGCAACACUGCCCUUUGCAAUUACCUUUUGGAUAACGAAGGCGACUUCCUUUCAUUUCUUCUUAAGCAUCAGAAAAUUCCAGCAUUUGUUUCUCUGGAGUCCAGUUACCAAGUGGAACUAGGUGUUUUCAGCAAUAGCCAGAGCACUGGAGGGAAAAAUAAUCACAAAUAUUUAUACUUUUAUAUUGUUUUAAACUGCAUCACAUGUCACGUUUUACCAGCUACCUGCCAACUUUAUUCUUUGUGACUUUGGAUAGGAACGUUUCUAACAUUUUCUGCAUUUGAUUCUUAGUUUUAAAAUACUAAAUGCUUUUAUUUUUUUUUAAUUUUUUUUGCAGUUUUUGGCCAGAGCCAGUUUGAUCUUGCCACCUCCGGUAUAUGGGGCUGACGCCCUACUCCUUGAGCCACAGGUGCAGCCCAAUGCUUUCUUUAUUUUUUAGACCUCCAAUGAAUUAGUUGAAAACACUGUCCUCUGCAGAGCGCUGCAGUUACUUAAAACUGAUCUAGGAUCUGAUGAGAUCUUUAGGUGCUGACCAGUGGUCUCUCUGACAGCAGGUGCUAGAAGUGAGGUGUGAAAAACCCAGCCAUGAUGGACAAGAUCUCCAGUUUGUGAAGUUUCUUUCGGAUACACUUGAAAUCAGUGUGAUCCAUUUUGCGAUGUCACCAGUGAAUUGACUCUAAAUUUUUCAAUUCUUGUUGACAUUUGUCAAAUCAAUGUUGAAGUGAUGCAUCUGGCCUUCUGACCUGUUAUUGAUAAUUGUAUUCUGUGUUUUUAAAAUUCUAAGAACAGGGAUGGCUUUCUUUUUAUCUAAGAACCCUGCUUCUGACUUAAAAUGUUGUGACUGAAUCCCACGUGCUCUGGCUUUGAGCACUGUGCACUGCAUUGACGUGCACAAGAGAGAGAAGCCGGUUGAAUUUCCUGCUGUUUAACAAACUGUCCAAAUAGGUCAGCAAGCCUGCAAGGGCCUUGGCUGCCAGCCUCUUGGCCCUGCCCCAAGUUCUAGAUAGUUGUCCAGAGUAUUCAGGUAUGAGUUAGAGCUGCCAAUUGUAUCGUUUAAAGGCAUGUAGAAAAUCUUAUAAUCUAUGUGAAAGUCACUUGCCAAAAAGGUUUUAGUCAUGAAAUAGAAAGUUAUAAAGUAAAUGUUAUAUCUUUAAUACUAAGAAAACCUCAAGGUGCCUUUUUAAAAAUAUCAACAUUUAGAAAUUUCAAAGCUUAAAGAUGCUUGCCUAGUUGGAAAAGAAGCUGGGGGAACAGCUUAGGGAGAACUUUCCAAACCUAAAACAUAGUUAUAUUGCUUAGAUGUUAAAAUUUUGUAGUGAAUUGUGCAACUGCUGUGCUGUCUCCCCAAAUAUAUCUUAAUGUCAGUCAUUUCAAAUAAUUUUAAAGUAUUAAAAGCUAAGUAUUAAAGUAUAUGUGCA